AUGGACCCCCACAUCUGGAAAGGCUGGCGUGGCCUCCGGAAGGUGGUAAGCCGCCCAGAGACUCCUCCGAAGCCCGGGCUGUCCGUGGGCCUGGCUGCGGCGGCCGUCCGUGCAGUGGAUGCCGUCCUGGGGCUUGUGGGGAGAAGGCACUCGCAGGAGAGCGGCCGGAGGCCAGAGGAUAAGGGACCCCAGCAUGCAGGGAGCAGAAGCUCCAUGGUCCCCUCUGGCAUCCGCACGGAGGACCGGGCCUCAGCGGCUCCGGGGGGGCUGUUGUCGAGACCAGGGGAGCGGCCCCCCAUCUGGCAGUCUCUGCUGGGUGGUCACACUGGUCGCCUUCUUCGAGCCCUGCUGCUUUUCAGCCUCCUCUUCCUGGCAGCCCACCUGGCCUUCCAGAUAUGCCUGCACACCGUGCCCCGCCUGGACCAGCUCCUGGGGCCAAGCUGCAGCCCCUGGCAGAUCCUGUCCCAGCACGUAGGGGUGACGAGGCUGGACCUGAAGGACAUCCCCAAUGCCGUCCGGCUGGUGGCCCCUGACCUGGGUGUCCUGGUGGUCUCAGCCGUGUGCCUCGGCCUCUGUGGGCGCCUGGCACGGGAAGCCCGGCGGAGCCAGCCCGCCCAGGAGCAGAUGUUGACUCCUCAGAGGCUGGCGGACACUUUCCCAGGGCCUCGGCCAGCUGUGCGCGGGAGCCCCACAGGCAGCAGAAAGGGAGCGGGAUCAAACCGGGUGCCCCUCACGGUCUCCUCCGUGCCCCCGUUUCUCUACCCACGAGGAAAGUGCUGCUUCAGCCACAGGACCGUCACGGCCCACUGGCUGCUGGUGGCCGCCGGACGGACGCUGGCCAUCCUGCUGCUGGCGCUGGCAGGCAUCGCCCAGCCCUCGGCCUUCUCCGGCGUCUACUUCCUGGUCUUCCUGGCCACCUGCACCUGGCAGGACGCGGUCAGCGGGACCCCGCUGCUGCAGGAGGAGGAGGAGGUGGCCAGGGAGGAGGGACUGAGCGGGGCCGGCCCCCAGCAGGCCGUGCAGGUCCCCGAAGGUGAGUCAGACCGGCAGGCCAAGUGGGGCCUGGUGGCCGAGCGGCUGCUGGACCUGGCUGACCGCUUCUCCGAGGUCCUCACCUGCGUGCAGGUGUUGGUGCGACGCCUGCUGGAGCUGCACGUCCUCAAGCUGGUGGCCCUGUACACUGUGUGGGUGGCCCUGAAGGAGGUGUCAGUGAUGAACCUGCUUCUGGUCGUGCUGUGGGCCUUCGCCCUGCCCUACCCCCGCUUCCGGCCCAUGGCCUCCUGCCUGUCCACCGUGUGGACCUGUAUCAUCAUCGUGUGCAAGAUGCUGUAUCAGCUGAAGGUCGUCAGCCCGCACGAAUACUCCAGCAACUGCACCGAGAUCUGCUUCCUGAUGGCCGUCAACGUGAUUGGGCAGCGCAUGAAUUUCAUGGUCAUCCUGCACGGCUGCUGGCUGGUAGCCAUUCUUACCCGCCGGCACCGCGGAGCCAUCGCCCGCCUCUGGCCCAACUACUGUCUGUUCCUGGCGUUGUUCUUCCUGUACCAGUACCUGCUGUGCCUGGGCAUCCCCCCGGCCCUGUGCCUUGACUACCCGUGGCGGUGGAGCCAGGCCAUCCCCAUGAACUCCGCGCUCAUCAAGUGGCUGUACCUGCCCGACUUCUUCAGAACCCCCAACUCCACCAACCUCAUCAGUGAGCGCCUGCGGCCGGGCCCCAGAGGGCGGGGAGGUUUUAAACACUCAGCAGCCACAGACAUCACGUCCUCACUGUCAGACGACCAGGUGCCCGAGGCCUUCCUGGUCAUGCUGCUCAUCCAGUUCAGCACCAUGGUCAUCGACCGCGCCCUCUACCUCCGCAAGACUGUGCUGGGCAAGCUGGCCUUCCAGGUGGUCCUGGUGCUGGCCAUCCACCUCUGGAUGUUCCUCAUUCUGCCCGCGGUCACCGAGAGGAUGUUCAGCCAGAACGCAGUGGCCCAGCUGUGGUACUUCGUCAAGUGCGUCUACUUCGCCCUGUCUGCCUACCAGAUCCGCUGCGGCUACCCGACCCGCAUCCUGGGCAACUUCCUCACCAAGAAGUACAACCACCUCAACCUCUUCCUCUUCCAGGGUUUCCGGCUCGUGCCGUUCCUGGUGGAGCUGCGGGCCGUGAUGGACUGGGUGUGGACGGACACCACACUGUCCCUCUCCAGCUGGAUGUGUGUGGAGGACAUCUACGCCAACAUUUUCAUCAUCAAGUGCAGCCGAGAGACCGAGAAGAAAUACCCGCAGCCCAAGGGGCAGAAGAAGAAGAAGGUGGUCAAGUACGGCAUGGGCGGGCUCAUCAUCCUGUUCCUCGUGGCCAUCAUCUGGUUCCCUCUGCUCUUUAUGUCCCUGGUGCGCUCCGUGGUCGGCGUCGUCAACCAGCCGAUCGACGUCACCGUCACCCUCAAGCUGGGUGGCUACGAGCCCUUGUUCACCAUGAGCGCGCAGCAGCCGUCCAUCGUGCCCUUCACGCAACAGGCCUAUGAGGAGCUGUCCAGACACUUCGACCCGAACCCUCUGGCCAUGCAGUUCAUCAGCCAGUACAGCCCCGAGGACAUCGUCACGGCGCAGAUCGAGGGCAGCUCCGGGGCGCUGUGGCGCAUCAGCCCGCCCAGCCGGGCCCAGAUGAAGCGGGAGCUGUACAACGGCACCGCCGACAUCACCCUGCGCUUCACCUGGAAUUUCCAGAGGGACCUGGCCAAGGGCGGCACCGUGGAAUACACCAACGAGAAGCACACCCUGGACCUGGCUGCCAAUAGCAGCGAGCGGAGGCAGCUGGCCAGCCUGCUGGAGGGCACCUCGGACCAGUCGGUGGUCAUCCCCAAUCUCUUCCCCAAGUACAUCCGUGCUCCCAACGGGCCCGAGGCCAACCCCGUGAAGCAGCUGCAGCCCAACGAGGAGGCCGACUACCUCGGAGUGCGCAUCCAGCUGCGGAGGGAGCGCGUGGGCUCGGGGGCCGCCGGCUUCCUGGAGUGGUGGGUCAUCGAGCUGCAGGACUGCCAGGCCGAAUGCAACCUGCUCCCCAUGGUCAUCUUCAGCGACAAGGUCAGCCCGCCCAGCCUCGGCUUCCUGGCCGGCUACGGGAUCAUGGGGCUCUACGUGUCCAUCGUGCUGGUCAUCGGCAAGUUCGUGCGUGGCUUCUUCAGCGAGAUCUCCCACUCCAUCAUGUUUGAGGAGCUGCCCUGCGUGGACCGCAUCCUCAAGCUCUGCCAGGACAUCUUCCUGGUGCGGGAGACGCGCGAGCUGGAGCUGGAGGAGGAGCUCUACGCCAAGCUCAUCUUCCUGUACCGCUCGCCCGAGACCAUGAUCAAGUGGACCCGCGAGAAGGAGUAG